CGGGAAGCAAGCAGGACGGCCGAGAUGCACACACGGCAGGAGAGGGUGUGGACUUGGAGGGGAGGGAAGAUUGGGCAGAAGACCAAGUUAAGUUCCGUAGUAAGCAGUGGGAAGGGCGGAACAGCAGUGCCGAGCAGGCGGGAACACGCCUCGCAGGUUCUUGGGGGAGCUGCGCGCAGGGACGGGCAAAGCAGGGACGUUGCCGACAGCACCCCGUUCUUUGACGUGGGGACGAUUAAGUGA